CCUGCCCACGUCCGCCGGGCCGCGCCUCCAAGACUAUGCGCAGGCGCAGUCCUGACGUCCCACCCCCCCGGUUCCAGGACCCCAAGUGGCGGGAAGCCUCGCGAGCAGCGUCCCCCGACCGGAAGUCGAGGGGAGGAGUCUAGUGCCGCGGGCUCCGGAGUGACGGAAGUUGUGCUCUUGGUGAAUGGGGUUCUUCCUUCUUUGUUUACCGGUGGCUGUGCUUCCAAUUUAGGAAGACCCCGGCGACCUGUUCCUCACCCCCGCUUCGCCCUCAUACUUUCGGGAUGUCUGCGAUUCCUGCUGAGGAGAGCGACCAGCUGCUGAUCCGACCCCUUGGAGCUGGGCAAGAAGUAGGAAGAUCAUGUAUUAUUCUCGAGUUCAAAGGAAGAAAAAUAAUGCUCGACUGUGGGAUCCACCCUGGCCUAGAAGGAAUGGAUGCUCUUCCUUAUAUUGAUUUAAUUGACCCAGCUGAGAUUGAUCUCCUAUUAAUUAGUCAUUUCCAUUUGGAUCACUGUGGAGCUCUGCCCUGGUUUCUACAGAAGACAAGUUUCAAAGGAAGAACAUUUAUGACUCAUGCCACAAAAGCUAUUUAUAGAUGGCUUCUUUCCGAUUAUGUCAAAGUUAGUAACAUAUCAGCAGACGACAUGCUGUAUACCGAGACAGAUUUGGAAGAAAGCAUGGACAAAAUUGAAACUAUCAACUUUCAUGAAGUUAAGGAAGUUGCGGGAAUCAAGUUUUGGUGUUACCAUGCAGGCCACGUCCUAGGAGCUGCCAUGUUCAUGAUUGAGAUCGCAGGCGUGAAGCUUUUGUACACUGGUGAUUUCUCAAGACAAGAAGAUAGGCACUUAAUGGCAGCUGAAAUUCCUAAUAUUAAGCCUGAUAUUCUUAUCAUUGAAUCUACUUAUGGGACCCAUAUCCAUGAGAAACGUGAAGAGCGAGAAGCAAGAUUCUGUAACACUGUCCAUGAUAUUGUAAACAGAGGAGGCAGGGGUCUCAUUCCCGUCUUUGCUCUUGGAAGGGCUCAGGAGCUGCUCUUGAUUCUGGAUGAGUACUGGCAGAAUCACCCAGAACUACAUGACAUUCCAAUAUACUAUGCAUCAUCUUUGGCCAAGAAGUGUAUGGCAGUGUACCAGACAUAUGUAAAUGCCAUGAAUGACAAAAUCCGCAAACAGAUCAACAUCAAUAAUCCCUUUGUUUUCAAACACAUUAGUAACCUCAAGAGCAUGGAUCAUUUUGAUGACAUUGGUCCCAGUGUUGUAAUGGCCUCCCCAGGCAUGAUGCAAAGUGGCUUAUCUAGAGAGUUAUUUGAAAGCUGGUGUACUGAUAAGAGGAAUGGUGUCAUUAUAGCAGGAUACUGUGUAGAAGGGACACUUGCCAAGCACAUCAUGUCUGAACCUGAAGAAAUCACUACUAUGUCUGGACAGAAGUUACCACUGAAAAUGUCUGUUGAUUACAUUUCUUUCUCAGCUCACACGGAUUACCAGCAAACCAGUGAAUUUAUUCGUGCUUUGAAACCGCCUCAUGUGAUUUUAGUCCAUGGAGAACAGAACGAAAUGGCCAGAUUGAAAGCAGCACUGAUUCGAGAAUAUGAAGAUAAUGAUGAAGUUCACAUAGAGGUUCAUAAUCCUCGGAAUACAGAAGCAGUGACCUUAAACUUCAGAGGAGAAAAACUAGCCAAGGUUAUGGGAUUUUUAGCAGACAAAAAACCAGAACAAGGCCAGCGGGUCUCAGGAAUACUUGUUAAAAGAAACUUUAAUUAUCACAUACUUUCUCCUUGCGACCUGUCCAAUUAUACUGACUUGGCCAUGAGCACUGUGAAGCAGACCCAAGCCAUUCCAUAUACUGGUCCCUUUAAUUUGCUCUAUUACCAGCUGCAGAAAUUGACAGGUGAUGUGGAAGAAUUAGAAAUUCAAGAAAAACCUGCUCUGAAAGUGUUCAAAAAUAUUACUGUAAUACAAGAACCUGGCAUGGUGGUAUUAGAGUGGCUGGCAAACCCUUCUAAUGAUAUGUAUGCAGAUACAGUAACAACUGUGAUAUUGGAAGUUCAGUCAAAUCCCAAAAUAAGAAAAGGUGCAGUACAGAAGGUUUCUAAAAAAUUAGAAAUGCACGUUUAUAGCAAGAGGUUGGAGAUCAUGCUUCAGGACAUAUUUGGAGAAGACUGUAUAAGUGUAAAGGAUGACUCUAUUCUUAGCGUCACAGUGGACGGGAAAACUGCCAACCUUAACUUGGAGACACGGACUGUAGAAUGUGAAGAGGGAAGUGAAGACGAUGAAUCCCUCCGAGAAAUGGUGGAGCUGGCUGCACAGAGACUGUACGAGGCCCUGACACCAGUUCACUGAGACUGUGUCUGUAUAUGAACUUUGAAAAAAUACUUGACUCUACUUCUGUUGCCUAAAAUAAAAUGCAUUCGUUUCUCUGGGGGA